AUGGGCGGCGCCCUCUCCAUGUUCACCAAGCUCCUCUGGGCCCAAAAAGAAAUCCGCAUCCUCAUCCUCGGCCUCGACAACGCCGGCAAAACCACCCUCCUCUACCGCCUCAAAAUCGGCGAGGUCGUCACCACCAUCCCCACCAUCGGCUUCAACGUCGAGUCCGUCACCUACAAGAACCUCAACUUCAACGUCUGGGACCUGGGCGGCCAGACCUCCAUAAGACCGUACUGGCGGUGUUACUAUGCGAACACGGCGGCGGUGGUGUUUGUGAUUGACAGCACGGAUGUGGAUCGGUUGAAGACGGCGCAGGAGGAGUUGCGGGCGAUGCUGGAUGAGGAGGAGCUAAGGGAUGCGGCGUUGUUGGUGUUUGCGAAUAAGCAGGAUCAGCCGGGGGCGAAGGGGGCGGGGGAUAUCAGUGAGGCGUUGAAGCUGGGGGAGUUGAAGGAUAGGAAUUGGAGUAUUAUGGCGUGUAGUGCUAUUACGGGGAAAGGUGUUAAUGAGGGUAUGGAUUGGUUGGUGCAAACGGUAGGGGAGAACUCAUAA